CGAACCGAGACGGACUCUUGCCGAGAGCUUUUGCUUGUUCAGGAGGAAAUCUCUCUACCUUCGCUUCAGAUUCUCCUCCUCCUCCGCCGUCUCCCAAGGCGGCCACGAUCUCCUUCCUCCGACCGCCCUCCGAAUCGACCUAGGCCUCCUUCGCAAUCGCGCCGGGCGGUAGCUGCUCCGAUCUAGCUCGUCUUCGACAUGGCGCCCGAGAAGAACGGCUCCGGCGCCGGCGCCGGCGCCGGCACCUCUCGCGAGGAGGCUCCCGCCAAGGCCCCCGGGAAGGACCCCAAGAAGAAGGAAGAGAAGAAGGACGAGGACUUGUCGGAAGAAGAUUUGGCACUGAAGCAGCAGUUGGAGCUGUAUGUGGAAAGGGUUCAGGAUCCUGAUCCUGGGUUGCAGAAGGUUGCUCUAGAGAGCAUGAGACAAGAAAUUCGUACUUCAACAAGUUCAAUGACUUCAGUUCCAAAGCCCCUGAAGUUUCUCCGACCCCAUUAUGGAACUCUUAAGGCGUAUUUUGAAACAAUGAAGGAUUCAGAUUUGAAGAGAUACCUAGCGGACAUACUCUCUGUUUUGGCCUUGACAAUGUCUGCUGAAGGGGAACGGGAGAGUCUGAAGUACAGGUUGUUAGGUUCAGAAGGUGAUAUUGGCUCUUGGGGCCAUGAAUAUGUCAGGAAUUUAGCUGGGGAAAUUGCUCAAGAAUAUACAAAACGACAGAGUGAGGAGGCUCCUAUAAACGAUCUUAUGGAGCUUGUACAACAAAUUGUAGCUUUCCAUAUGAAGCACAAUGCUGAACCUGAAGCUGUUGACCUGUUAAUGGAGGUUGAAGACCUUGAUAUGUUAAUGAAGCAUGUUGACAGCGCUAACUUCAAGAGAACUUGUCUAUACCUCACAAGUGCUGCAAGAUACCUUCCUGGACCUGAUGACAUGUUAGUUCUGGAUAUUGCAUACUUGAUCUAUCUCAAGUUUAAAGAAUACGCCAAUGCCCUUCAGAUCGCACUGUUCCUAGAUAAUAUGCAGUAUGUGAAGCAGGUCUUCACGUCUUGCAGCGAUCUUCUACGGAAGAGACAAUUCUGCUAUAUCCUUGCUCGACAUGGUAUUACCUUUGAGCUUGAUGAAGAGAUGGUUCCUGAUGACGAUGAAAGAGAGGCAUUGCAGGAAAUUGUCAACAAUACUAAAUUAAGUGAAGGUUAUCUUACUCUUGCCCGCGAUAUUGAGGUUAUGGAGCCCAAAUCUCCUGAAGACAUUUACAAGGCACAUUUGCUCGAUGGUCGGGCUAGUGCUAGCGCGAGUGUGGAUUCUGCGAGGCAAAACCUGGCUGCCACUUUUGUUAAUGCAUUUGUAAAUGCUGGCUUCGGACAGGAUAAGUUAAUGACAGCGCAAUUAGACUCAUCUAGUAGUGGCUCUUCAGCAAAUUGGCUUUUCAAAAAUAAAGAGCAUGGAAAGACCAGUGCUGCUGCAAGUCUGGGAAUGAUUUUGCUGUGGGAUGUUGACUCUGGACUGUCCCAACUCGAUAAGUACUUCCAUAGUAAUGACAAUCAUGUUAUAGCUGGUGCUCUGUUGGGUGUUGGGAUAGUGAACUGCAAUAUCAAGAAUGAAUGCGAUCCUGCUCUGGCACUUCUUGGUGAUUACAUUGAUAAAGAGGAUGCAUCUAUAAGAAUUGGCGGAAUUAUGGGCCUUGGACUUGCUUAUGCCGGCUCUCAGAAUGAGCAGAUCCGUGCUAAAUUGUCCCCAAUACUUAAUGACGCUAAAGCACCCCUUGACGUGCUUGCAUUUACUGCAAUCUCUCUCGGCUUGAUAUAUGUGGGCUCCUGCAAUGAAGAGGUAGCCCAGUCAAUUAUCUUUACUCUGAUGGACCGCAGUGAGUCAGAGCUGGGAGAGCCUCUUGCUCGUCUUUUACCUCUCGGCCUUGGUCUUCUUUAUCUUGGAAAGCAGGAAAAUGUGGAGGUCACUGCAGAAGUUGCAAAGACUUUCAAUGAGAAGAUCAGAAAACACUGUGACAUGACCCUCCUUUCCUGUGCAUAUGCUGGAACAGGAAAUGUUCUCAAGGUGCAAAACUUACUAGGUCAUUGCGCACAACAUCUUGAGAAGGGGGAAACUCAUCAGGCACCUGCUGUCCUUGGAAUUGCCAUGGUCGCAAUGGCUGAAGAACUAGGUCUUGAAAUGGCAAUUCGUUCUUUGGAGCAUCUUUUACAGUAUGGAGAACAAAACAUCCGCCGGGCAGUUCCAUUGGCUCUUGGCCUUCUAUGCAUCGCAAAUCCAAAGGUUAAUGUAAUGGAUACCCUAAGUAGGCUUAGCCAUGACACAGAUUCUGAAGUUGCAAUGGCUGCUGUCAUUUCAUUGGGCUUGAUUGGUUCUGGAACCAACAAUGCUCGAAUAGCCGGGAUGCUUCGUAAUCUUUCAAGCUAUUACUACAAGGAUGCGAGCCUUCUAUUCUGUGUGCGGAUUGCCCAAGGUCUUGUGCACUUGGGGAAGGGAUUGUUGACUCUUAAUCCAUAUCAUUCAGAAAGAUUUUUGCUCUCUCCGACGGCACUCGCAGGAAUAAUAACAAUGCUUCAUGCGUGCCUUGACAUGAAAGCCAUCAUCUUGGGGAAAUAUCAUUAUGUUCUUUACUUCCUUGUUCUGGCCAUGCAGCCGAGGAUGCUCUUGACGGUGGAUGAAAAUCUGAAACCAUUAUCUGUGCCAGUACGGGUUGGUCAAGCUGUUGAUGUUGUCGGGCAGGCAGGUCGUCCCAAGACCAUCACUGGCUUCCAGACACAUUCAACCCCAGUCCUUCUGGCGGCUGGCGAUCGGGCAGAGUUGGCUACUGAAAAGUAUAUUCCGCUCUCUCCUAUUCUUGAGGGUUUUGUCAUCUUGAAGGAGAAUCCAGAUUACAGGGAAGAUAACUAGUUGGCCUCUUGCUGGGCAAAAUCCUUCUUCCUUAUGGCCCGAAAUCAAGUAACUCAUUUGCGUACCUGAUUGGGUUGAACUCUUUUGCCGGUGUCCUCAAGUAUCUUUUCUUUCCAAAGAAGACAGGUGAAUCAUGAGUUGGACGUGGACGCAGAGAAUACAGGCCUCUUGAUUGCGCCCUGCGAAAAAGUGACCUUGUUUGUCGCGGGAAGAUGCUUCCUCAUGUAGUGCUUUAGAUUAUCUCAACAGUACAGAUAGAAGCAAUCUUUCUUUUUAUGGCUUCGAGUUAUUCCUGUAAUUGAUUCGAUGCUCCAAUAGCAAUGCUUUCAUGUGAUUUUUG